GCACCUGCUGAAGCUCCUCGAGUCAAAAACGAGGAACCACCUAGAAGUGCCGCACCUGUCCGAGGGCUUGGUGGCAGAAAGGUUGAGCCUAUCGCGACUCCAGUGCCUGCACCUGCACCCGCACCUGCGCCGGCACCUUCACCGGCACCUGUAUGCGCGGCUGCGCCAGCCGCGCAUACACCAGCGAUUGAUGCUGGUGAGGUGCCAGACAGGAUCGUGUCGAAGGAUGAUUUGGAUGAUGCGACUGACGUUCUAGAUGAUGGGCACUUUGAGGAGGCAGAGCUGCUUGCGGAAGAGGUCAACUUCCCAUUUGCGAAGCACGAACGGAACGCGGACAAAGAAGGACAAAAGGCAGUCCAAAGGCAAGCUGCUGCGGAUGGAGAUGCAGCGAGGGAAGCAGACGCUCUGCGCGUGGUCACCAAGGCGCGCCAGGAUCAUUUCCGGCUUGUGACCUGA